AUGAGGCGGUUCAGUACAUUCAGUUGCCUCGAGACAUCACAAACAAGAGAUUCAGCCGGGUUCCAGGCAACUGAAUGUGCUGCACCAGACGGCCUCAUGUUUCAGUCGAUACGAUAUUCGAGAUAUCGCGAUACAUGUGCAACUUCCUUUGCUAGCGUUGUCCCAGAGGGAUCAAAAACGGAUGCUACUCCAACAAAAAACACUAAUUUUUGCAACAGUACAUUCCAAGAAUCUGUGGCAAAGCAACUGAAUGUGCUGCACCAGACGGCCUCAUGUUUCAGUCGCUACGAUAUUCGAGAUAUCGCGAUACAUGUAUAUCUUUGUAAUGUACUACUCAUAAGGUUGCUGAGAAUCCGUCGAUAG